AUGACCUGGUCUCUCGACGAAACUGUAUCACAUGAUUCAUCCAUCGUCAAUGAGCGAUGCUGGGAAACUGGGUAUCUCGACGAUCUCAAUGAGAGCCCGUUUUCGCACUCGCAAUACUCCUUUCUCGCUACGAACCAGAACAUGCCUCAUCCAACUCAAGAUCAAGCAAGAAGUGCUAGCAAUACCAAGUACACCUCGCAAUAUUCUGUCGCCGAGGGUAUUGCCGCGGAUAUCCAGCUCAUGGGCCACAGCACCCCAACCCCUUGA